GUCAUUGGUUUUUAGUUAUACAAUUAUGGCAACCGCUCUCACUCGCGAUUACCAAGUGUUCAUCAAAGAUGGGUUUAAAUAAAGUGCUUAAAGUUUAUUGUAAAGUAUUUCGAGUUGAACUAAACCAAUUCCGUUAGUGUAACAACUCAGAGGGUUAAAAUUCCGUGUCGCGUUAGCGUCGCUUUAUUAAUACAAACGGUGUUGGUUUUCGUAGCGCCAUUUUUGUUGUGACCCGUUUGGGUAUUUACUUCUUAUUUUGUGCUUUUCAGUAUUUUCUGGACGAUACAUUUACGAAUUGUCUUUCGCGCAACUCGUUUUUACUCAACUAAAUGAAAUUUAAAUAAACAAUGUGGUUUAAAACUCUGUGAGAGUUACUAAGAAGAGAUUAGAAGACUUUUAAAAAGGGGGCUAUCGUUUUGUUUAUGUUUCGUUACUAGGUUAUAAGAACAAUUUUAAUCAUGGAUAUACACAAAAAAUUUCCACAACCUAAACCGGUUAAAGUCGAAGUGGAUAUUGAUCAAGUUCCUAAUCUUGCUACAGAAAAGACUACUUUACCCCAAUUAGAAGCUUGGAAUAAUGAUAUUCUAUCAUCAUUAAUGGAAUGUACAAGCUCUAGAGAUAUUAAAACGUUUUUGAGUAUAUUAAAAAAAUAUUCAAAAUUUCUUAAAAAAGAUUCUGGAAAAUGUUGGGAUCGCGUCAUUUUCAUAAAAUCGAUCCAAAGACAUGUUAUGGCAAUGGCAGAUUACUUUUCAGCGCACCCGGAAAACGUAAAAUACGAAUUCGAAUACGUUUUUUACAUCACAAAAAUAAUCGGGUUAUAUUGUACCUUGGAACUAGACGCACACAGAAACGCCCUAAUUAAUAAAUGCGAUUUUGUCGUAUCAGUAACAAAUCGUUUGCUCAGCUUAAUGUUUGUCAGCUUGCGUUUUACAAGCGGGAGAGUGUCUGAUGUACUUUUAAGGAUAGAAUAUAGUCGAACGAAUAAGUUUCAUUCGGCUGUAAUGAAACGACUUUAUCAUCACUGUUUAUUAACGAUGCCAGUAGAAACGUCAAGUUAUCCAGGAUUUUAUUCCUACUACUUAAACUACCAAGAUAUGCAAGAAUUAACCCCGAAACAUUUAAGAUCUGAGCAACAAAAGUAUUUGUUGCAAUCGUUUGGAAAGACGCAAGAAGAAGUUAAAGACGAUUUGAUAUUAAAAAAAAUUCUUGAAACUCCGUCUAGUUCUACAGUUAAAACUGUCGAACACAUUGUUUUUCCAAGAAAGAGAACCACAAGAGCAUACUUUAAGUAUUUGAGAAGCACACAAAGCUGUCAUGUUCCUUCUGAUAGAAACAUCACUGAUAUGAUGCAAUCUGUUGGUAUUAGUACAGAAAACGAUUCGUGUAAAUCGUUAUCCUACCCCAAUACAUUCGAUUUUUCGGAAAACUUCGUUUCAAGUUCGGAAGAAAGUGAGAGCGAAAGCGAGCACGAAAAUAUCAUCUGCGAAAUCGAUAUCGAUAGUGAUUGCGAAAUCACUUACGUUAAAAAACAACCACCAAAACGAAAGGAACGCCACAAGAGAAGAAAACGUCACGAAGAUCUAAAACGCCCAACAUUCACCACAAACGAAGUAAUAGUCUUAGAUAGCGACGAAGAUGAAGUCGUCGCCGUUUCGGUCCCCAACAGCGAAAGCAUCUUCGGAAACGACAAAUCCGAUUCAGAUCCCCAAUCAUUAUUCAAACAAAUCGAAUACGCAGCUUUAAGGGGCGAUUUUAGUUCGUUAGAGUUCCACCACGGAUUAAUAACACCCCCCAGGGAACAACGAUGCGGCUUAUUUGAUGACGCAUCAAUACGAGAAGACGAAGAUUGCGAACGAGGAAUUUUCGAAAGCUACAAUAACGAUAAAGAAACAUUUAAUUCGGAUGAAAUUGACAGGGUAAGUAUCGAAAGAGAAAUUCGAGUUGGUGAAGAUGAAAUUGAAAAUACGAUUGAGAAUACAAUUGAGAAAGAAAUUUCGGGGGUGGUGGAGGAUGAAGGAAAUGAUUUACAAGGGGAAAGUGAAGAAGUGUGUGGGAGUUUGAAUGAAAAUGAUAAAAUUGUAAAUGAAACGAAUCAAAUUACUACAAAUGAAAUUGAAGAAAAUCAAGAGCAAGAAGUUGUAAAUAAAGAUAUUGAAGAGAAUCUUGAUUGUGAAGAUGAAGAGAUUGGGGAAAGAGAGGUUGAAAAUGUUGAGGAAAAUCGAGAAAUUGUUCCUGAAUUAAUUGUAAAUGAGGAGGAUGAAGAAUUGGAGAAAUCAAAUCAAAUUGAUGAAGAUAAUGUUUCGAUUGAAUUGAGUCAAGAUCAAAAUAAAGAGAGUGAAAGUGAAGAAUCUGAAUGUGGUACAGAUAUGGAUAAAAGUUCGAUUCAUUCAAUUCAAUCAAUUCAAUCAGUUCAAUCUGUUGUAGAGGAUGAUAAAAUUGAUGAUGUAAUCCACGCAGAAUCUGAAAAUAUAAUUAAAAUCAACGAAUCUGAUUUUGAGAAAUUUAUCCAAACAGAAAUGGAAGUUGCAAAAAUAAUGAGUCCAUCAGAAAUAGAAAAAAUCUCUGUAAGUGGAUUAUCUAUGGAGUCAUCAUCAAUAACUUCUGAUGCAAUAAGUGAAUUAAGUGUAAGUAUGGACGAGAUUGAAGAAACAAGUACAAGAGUGGAACCAAUGGUUAUUUCUGGUGAUUCAGAUUUAAAUAACGAGGUUGAUAAUAAUAAACACCAAGAGAAGAACGAAAAUAAAAGUCCACCAAGAGUUUUAUACAAAUCAACAUGCGAAGAGUUUAAUCAAUUUGACCCAAAAAUUAAUCAAUCGAAUAUGGACUUCCCUGAAAAUGAAUUUGAAACGUUCCUUUCAGGUCCUGUUGAGAGUAAUCGUUUAAACGACCAGUAUUAUGGCGAAAAUGAUCUUCCAUCAGGCGAUUUAUUCGCGUUAGUUAACAAUGGUUUUAUCCCUUUAAUGGAUGUCCCCCCAAAAUUACCUCCACCCAUAAUAAAAAGUAGUCUAAAAAAACCGGAUAAAGAUCUCGCAACAAUUCCACCCAAAAAAGUGGUCUUCUCAGACGAAAUUUCACAAGAACUCGUUUUCGAUCGAUUAGUUGAAAUUUUGGAGAAGCGACCCGAAAGUCCGACUCCAUCGCCGGUUUUUGAAAAGUGGCAAAAACGGUAUACGGGCGAAUUUAAAAAGGUGCUUAAAGAUAUUAAUAAAGCGGUCGAUAUUUCCGGCGGGUUUCCACAAUUUUCCGAACCUAGCAAAUCGUACGUUUUAAAACAAGGGGUGAAGUGUUACGUGAACCGGACAGCUGACGAAAAAGUGUUUUGGGAUGCCGCGGUCCAACUCGAACUUUUAACAUCCGCCGAAUUGCGAAAAUAUAACGUUUGGGUGCCGUUAGAACACAAUACGCGAACUACGUGUUUGUUGAAAAAGUACAGUUUUAAGAAGAAAGAGGAUAACAACGAACAACAAUCAGGUAGGGUUGACGAUGAUUUUCCUUUUGAUGAUGUUGAAGAUCCUGAUAAUCCCGAUUAUUUCCUUGAUCCUGUUGUUGAUGUUCCUGAUACUUCUAAUUGUAAUGUGUUAGAUGUUGAACGAUUAGAGGAGGAUUUAAAUGACGAAAAUGAUGAGGAGAUUAGAAAACCUUCGAUUGAAAUAAUUAAGAUGAUUGAGGAAUUUUGUAAUGAAUCAUCAUCACUUAGUUGUAAUAAAAAUUUGAAAGAAAUUGAAAGUGAGGUUGUUAAUGAAAUUGAUGGAGUUAAUAUUGAUGAGUGUGAAACUCAAUUAGGUGCGAUUGAGGAAGAAGAAUGUGCAGAGUUAAAGACUCAAGAGGAUGAAAUUCAAAUUGAACCGGAAAAUGAAGAGUGCGAAUCGACGAAGGUUAUUUUUGAAACGAUUCAUGAAAUUGCUAUUUCUUUAGGAUCCAACCAAACCGAUAGGAAUGAAAAAUUAAAGGCGUUGACUAAGCUUUUAACUACAAUUAUUUCAAAAGAAGAUCCUUCUGAGUCAAAUGUUGAAUUAAAAGAAUCUUCUGAGGAAAUUAAUUCUUUACCACAAGCGAUUGCGAUUCAAACCGACUCUAAUUUAGAAACAUCCGAAAAUCAUAUCGAAACUAAAUCCGACGCGAUUCAAACUGAAAUGAGUCCAAUAAACGAGGAAGAUUCAUCGUCGAAAAUAGCGGAUGUGGUCGGUGAUAAAUUAAUCUUGGAUAUGAGUAAGUUUAAUAAUACGGAGUUUGAUGUGCAAGCAAUUAAAGAUGCGAUUAACACACAAAAUGGGAAAUUUAAUGAGGAAGCUGUUGUUAAAGUUUUAGUUGAGAUUUCCUCAAAUAAAGAUCAAAUUAGUGCUGAGCCACUACAAGAAAGUUUAAUCGAUUGUUUAUCGGGAAAUAACGAAGAAAUUAAUGAUGAGGUUGAGAAAGAAACGAAUUUGUGCGAGGAAAAUGUAAAAGAAGAUGUUAAGAAAGAUAAAAAAUCGAAAAAAAUAAAAGAUAAAUCAAAAAGUUGCAUGAAAACACUUUUUGGCGAUUCCGACGAUGAAAAUUCUGAAAUAAUAUUUGCAAGCAAACGAAAACAACUUAAUGUUAAUGCCGAACUUAACGUCAAUACCGAACUUAAUAUAACAGAAAACGAGACGAAUUAUAUCGAUUAUAGUAAAUUACAAGAAUCAAAUAAAUUAAUUGAGAAUAACACACAACCAAUUUUAAAAGAAAAAUUAAAACACCAAAAACACAAAAGCAAGCACAUAAAUAAGUUAUUAAAAUCGGAAAAAAGUAGUCAUAAACACGUAAGAAAAUUAGAAUCUUUAGCUACUUUAUCAAGAAACACAUUAAAAUCACAUAAAAAUCGUAGAAAAUCCACCGAAAAAGCCCUCGAUUUAAUUUCCCCAUACGUUUUUAGCGAAAACAACGAAAAAUGUUUCGGGGAAAUAAAUUACACCGGAAACACAAUCGCCGAAUUUAAACAGGAAGUUAAACGGCGCAAAUCAAUCGAGCAACAAAAAGAAACGUUAUUACCCCAAAUAAUUUCGAAAGAAAUUUACGACACCGAUACUGAAACGGCCGAUGAAAGCGUGAUUUCGGUCGCGACGUGCAUUUCGGUGAAAAAGCAACAAUGUCUUUACCAGGUUUAUAACAAAAAUCGAAAUAAAUCGACGCCCCUCGAAGAUGGAACUCAACGAUCAAAACGAAAAUCGAGUCAAAACAAAAAAAGACGAAAAGCGAAUGAAGAUCCUUUGUAUCGCGCCCAAUGUGCUAAUAUACAAAACAAUAAAAUAUGCCCGUAUGGAACUCGCCAACAUUGGGAUUUAAGGGAGUACACUUUAAAUGAAGUGAUUGAUAUCGGAAGAAAAGGAGUUUUAGAACCUUUAGAAAUAACUAACGAAUUGCCGUUAAUUAAUAAAGAAAACGAAGAAAUAAUUAACGAAAAGAAAAAUUUAGAGAAUACAAAUGACGAUAAAUUUAACUCUAAUCAAAAUGAGAUUGCUUACGACGAUGAUAGCAGCCGGGAUUUAGUUAUAUGUAGCGAUGAAAGUUGUAAUUCAAUCGAUAGGGCGAGUGUUUUUAAUUUAAACAACGUCACCAACGAUGAAACUAACAUCUCCCCAUUAAUUUUUAACCCAAAUUUUUACUUAAAUAAAAACACCGUUGAAAAAACAACUCAAGAUCACGAAACGGCCGAUAAAAAGGAAUCUUCCUCAAAAGAUUUAAUCGAGCGAACACAAACCCCCGAAAAUAAUUCGUUCGAAGAAACAAACGAAUUCGAUAAUUUAAAACGCAAAUGGGAUUACGAAGACGACGACAUAAUUUAUUGGACUUUAGUUAAAGAUAAAUACAUGUUACCGCCUAAGAAACGAUGUAGAGUAUCAUCGAUGAGUAACCAAAUCGCCGAUACCAACAUUCAAACGAAUCAACAAGACGAUAAACCUCAGCAAAAUUAUUUAACAUCGAAAUUGUUUAAUGAUUCGUUACGAACCCAACAAGGAUUAAAUUUGAAUUCGUUACAAAACAAUUUUUUUUACCCCGAUAUAACUAAUUACCAAAUAAAUCAACAAGAACUUCCAAGUUAUAACCAAAUUUUCGGGGGGCAACAACCGUCGACGUCGUUAAACACAAAAACGAUGGAGGAUCCGAUACAAAUCAUGGAUGAUGGUUCUUACAAAGUAAGUUUAACCGAAGAAAAAGUAUUAAGAGGUGAAGUAAAUUCGAUGUUGCGCAGCGAAAAAAACGCCCAAUACAUAAUGGCGGUUUUAACGGGAAAUAAAGAUAACGUUGCUUGCCCUUUCGAUUUUGAAGCGGCCGAAGAUAUGAAAGUUGCCGAUUUCGAGACUGUUUGUAAUUAUGUUUUAUCGGUAAUCACCCAAGAAUUUUUUCAAAAUUGUUAUAAUAAAUCAAAUGAAGUGAAUCAACCUAAAAAGAACAACAAUUUAUCGGAGGAUGGGUCUUAUACGGCUGUUAAAGGUUUAAAUUGCGCUUCAGCUUUGAUUUAUCGCCGAUUAUUAGUGAAAUGUUUAAGGAGAUUACGCCCGGUUUUUAAAACACCCGCUGAAAGAAAGCAAAUGCCGAUUCAAUUUCAACAACAAUCGAGGGAAUCUCCUCUAAUAUCGACAGAAUUAAGACCUCUACCAAUGGAACCACCCCCACCUUACACACCAUCACCUCUACCACCACCCCCACAAAACAUUGUAGUAAAAUUUAUUAACCCAUUUGUAAACCCCGCCCAAUCCUCUUCAUCUUAUUCGGUACCCGAAAUACAUGUUAAAUUAGAAACGAGUAAUGUUGAAGAACAAACGAUGAUGGGAGGUGGAGGAACAAGACGUACUAAUUGCGCUACGUUUAGGAUUACGUAGUUAUUACUUCCGUCACUCCUUCUAUUAGGAUAUAUCAGUAUUUUUCGUUUAAUAAUUCAGUUUCCAUUAAAAGGCUGUGACAAUAACUUAGGGAUUCGAUCGUAUUUAAUUAUUAUUAUUUUAUUAUUUAUUAUCGCUUUUAUUAUUUUUCAUUCCUAAUUAAUCUAAUUAAUUA